GACCCCGGCCCUGCUCAGGCCGCCUGCGGAGCGGUCCAUUUCCGGCCGUGGCCGUCCGUCCCUGUCAUUUACCGAACGCCCGCAGGCCUGGCCGCUCCCCCGCGGGGAGAACUUCUCAGGGCCAUGUCCAGGCCGAGCAGCGUCUCCCCGCGGCCGCCCGCUCCUGGCGGCGGCGGGGGUGGCCCAGCUCAGGGCGGCCCUGGGGUCGGGGGCCGGGCGAGGGGGCUGAAGGACAUUCGUAUAGACGAGGAGGUGAAGAUCGCGGUCAAUAUCGCUCUGGAGCGCUUCCGAUACGGGGACCAGAGAGAAAUGGAAUUUCCUUCCUCUUUGACCAGCACUGAAAGAGCCUUUAUUCAUCGAUUGAGUCAAUCUCUUGGUUUGGUCUCUAAAAGUAAAGGAAAGGGAGCAAAUAGAUACCUAACUGUGAAGAAGAAAGAUGGAUCAGAAACAGCUCAUGCAAUGAUGACCUGUAAUUUGACUCAUAAUACAAAACAUGCUGUUAGGAGCCUAAUUCAGAGAUUUCCUGUCACCAAUAAAGAGCGUACUGAACUUCUACCUAAAACAGAAAGAGGAAAUGUGUUUGCAGUUGAAGCUGAAAACCGGGAAAUGAGCAAAACAAGUGGGCGACUCAACAAUGGCAUACCUCAGAUUCCAGUGAAAAGAGGGGAAUCGGAAUUUGAUUCUUUCAGGCAGUCUCUGCCUGUGUUUGAGAAACAAGAAGAAAUUGUUAAAAUAAUUAAAGAAAAUAAAGUAGUUUUGAUUGUAGGAGAAACUGGGUCUGGAAAGACUACGCAGAUUCCUCAGUUCCUUUUAGAUGAUUGCUUUAAAAAUGGUAUCCCCUGCCGUAUAUUUUGUACCCAGCCAAGACGGUUAGCCGCAAUUGCUGUGGCCGAAAGAGUUGCUGCAGAGAGAAGAGAAAGGAUUGGUCAAACAAUUGGAUAUCAGAUCCGAUUAGAAAGCAGGGUUUCUCCAAAGACACUUCUGACAUUUUGCACUAAUGGGGUAUUGCUUCGUACAUUGAUGGCAGGAGAUAGUACAUUGUCAACUGUGACACAUGUUAUUGUGGAUGAAGUACACGAAAGAGAUCGAUUUAGUGAUUUUUUACUUACAAAGUUAAGAGAUCUGUUGCAAAAGCACCCAACUUUGAAACUUAUUCUUUCUAGUGCCGCCUUGGAUGUAAAUCUUUUUAUAAGAUAUUUUGGAAGUUGUCCAGUGAUACAUAUACAGGGAAGACCAUUUGAAGUGAAAGAAAUGUUUCUGGAAGACAUCUUAAGAACUACUGGAUACACAAACAAAGAGAUGUUAAAGUACAAAAAGGAAAAACAACGAGAAGAGAAACAGCAAACCACCCUUACAGAAUGGUAUUCGGCUCAAGAGAAUACUUUCAAGCCUGAGUCUCAGAGGCAGAGAACUGUUCCCAGUGUGACUGAAGAGUAUGAUUUAUUGGAUGACGGUGGUGAUGCUGUCUUCAGCCAGUUGACAGAAAAAGAUGUGAAUUGCCUUGAACCAUGGUUAAUAAAGGAAAUGGAUGCUUGUCUCUCUGACAUAUGGCUGCAUAAAGAUGUUGAUGCCUUCGCUCAGGUCUUUCACCUUAUUUUAACUGAAAAUGUUAGUGUUGAUUACAGGCAUAGCGAAACCAGUGCAACAGCCCUCAUGGUUGCUGCAGGGCGAGGUUUUUCAAGUCAAGUAGAGCAGUUAAUUAGCAUGGGAGCCAACAUUCACAGUAAAGCAUCGAAUGGCUGGAUGGCUUUAGAUUGGGCCAAACACUUUGGACAGACUGAAAUAGUGGAUCUUCUGGAAUCAUACAGUGCUUCACUGGAGUUUGGAAAUCUAGAUGAAAGUUCUCUGGUUCACACAAACGGAAGUGACCUCAGUGCAGAAGACAGAGAGCUCCUGAAAGCUUAUCAUCACAGUUUCGAUGAUGAAAAAGUAGACUUGGAUUUGAUCAUGCACCUUCUUUACAAUAUCUGUCAUGGUUGCGAUGCUGGUGCAAUAUUAAUUUUCCUACCUGGAUAUGAUGAAAUUGUUGGACUGAGGGAUCGCAUCCUGUUUGAUGACAAGCGGUUUGCUGACAACACACAUAGAUACCAAGUCUUUAUGCUUCAUUCAAAUAUGCAAACGUCAGAUCAAAAGAAAGUAUUAAAAAACCCACCUGCCGGUGUUCGAAAAGUAAUCCUUUCCACCAAUAUUGCUGAAACCAGCAUCACAGUCAACGAUGUGGUCUUUGUUAUUGAUUCUGGUAAGGUGAAAGAGAAAUCCUUUGAUGCACUGAAUUUUGUUACAAUGUUAAAAAUGGUGUGGAUUUCCAAAGCUAGUGCCAUACAACGAAAAGGCAGGGCAGGGAGAUGCAGACCUGGAAUUUGUUUCCGGCUGUUCAGUAGACUCCGAUUCCAGAAUAUGUUGGAAUUUCAGACUCCAGAACUUUUGAGAAUGCCAUUACAGGAACUUUGUUUACAUACUAAGCUGUUAGCUCCAGUGAACUGUCCUAUUGCUGAUUUCCUUAUGAAAGCUCCUGAACCCCCACCAGCUUUAAUUGUAAGAAAUGCUGUACAGAUGCUUAAGACUAUAGAUGCAAUGGAUGCUUGGGAGGAUCUCACUGAGCUGGGAUAUCAUUUGGCUGACUUGCCCGUAGAGCCACAUCUUGGUAAAAUGGUCCUGUGCGCUGUUGUUUUAAAGUGUCUGGACCCCAUCCUCACAAUUGCCUGCACGCUAGCCUAUCGAGACCCUUUUGUCCUGCCAACCCAGGCCUCUCAAAAACGGGCAGCUAUGCUAUGUAGAAAACGCUUCACUGCAGGGACUUUCAGUGACCACAUGGCCCUUCUCCGAGCAUUCCAGGCAUGGCAGAAAGCACGAAGUGAUGGGUGGGAGCGAGCCUUUUGUGAAAAGAAUUUUCUUUCACAAGCUACCAUGGAAAUAAUCAUUGGCAUGAGAACUCAGUUGCUUGGUCAGCUUAGAGCAUCAGGCUUUGUUAGGGCACGAGGUGGCGGUGACAUUCGAGAUGUUAACACAAAUUCCGAGAACUGGGCUGUCGUCAAAGCUGCGUUAGUAGCAGGCAUGUAUCCUAAUUUAGUCCAUGUGGACAGAGAGAAUGUCGUAUUGACAGGGCCGAAGGAGAAGAAAGUUCGGUUUCAUCCCACUUCAGUUCUCAGCCAGCCUCAAUAUAAAAAGAUUCCUCCAGCCAAUGGUCAGGCUGCAGCGAUUCAGGCACUGCCUACAGAUUGGCUUAUUUAUGAUGAGAUGACCAGAGCCCACAGAAUAGCUAACAUUAGAUGUUGUUCGGCAGUGACCCCCGUCACCGUGUUGGUAUUCUGUGGACCAGCGAGGCUCGCAAGUAAUGCUCUUCAGGAACCUUCAUCGUUUCGAGACGGUAUUCCUAAUGACAGUAGCGACAGUGAAAUGGAAGAUAGAACUACUGCUAAUUUAGCGGCUUUGAAACUUGAUGAGUGGCUCAGUUUCAAACUAGAGCCUGAGGCAGCCAGUUUGCUGCUGCAGCUCCGGCAGAAGUGGCACAGCUUGUUUUUACGCCGAAUGAGAGCGCCAUCUAAACCCUGGUCUCAGGUUGAUGAGGCCACCAUAAGAGCCAUCAUCGCUGUUCUCAGCACGGAAGAACAGUCUGCGGGCUUACAGCAGCCGUCGGGAAUAGGCCAGAGGCCAAGGCCUAUGUCUUCAGAAGAACUUCCUCUGGCAUCAUCUUGGAGGUCAAAUAACAGCAGGAAAACCUCGGCAGAUACUGAAUUUUCGGAUGAGUCUGCUGCUGCAGAAAGAGUAUUGGCGAAAUCUCCAUCUCCAGCACUGCACCCCCCUCAGAAGUACAAAGAUAGAGGGAUUUUACAUCCUAAACGAAGCACUGAUGACCGAUCAGAUCAGUCUUCUGUGAAAUCUACGGACAGCAAUAGCUACCCAAGUCCUUGUGCCAGCCCUUCUCCUCCAUCCUCAGGAAAGGGCUCAAAAUCUCCUUCACCAAGACCAAACAUGCCUAUUCGAUACUUCAUAAUGAAGAGUAGCAAUUUGAGAAACCUUGAAAUUUCUCAACAGAAGGGUAUCUGGUCUACAACCCCUAGUAAUGAGCGGAAGCUAAAUCGAGCCUUUUGGGAAAGCAGCAUGGUUUACUUGGUAUUUUCUGUUCAAGGAUCUGGACAUUUCCAGGGAUUUUCUAGGAUGUCUUCUGAGAUAGGAAGGGAGAAGAGCCAGGACUGGGGCUCAGCUGGACUGGGAGGAGUAUUUAAGGUGGAGUGGGUCCGGAAGGAAAGUCUUCCCUUUCAGUUUGCUCACCACUUACUCAAUCCCUGGAACGACAACAAGAAAGUCCAGAUCAGCAGAGACGGGCAGGAACUAGAGCCUCAGGUUGGCGAACAGUUGCUGCAGCUAUGGGAACGCCUUCCCCUGGGAGACAAAACCGCAGCCGACUGACACUCAGAGCUCUUAGCUACAGGAGAACGCUGUACCGAUUUAAAGCCACCGAAUGCACUGACUUCUAAAAACCGAGGUGGAGAUGUUUGUUAGGAGUGGAUGGGCUUUUCUGGUUGAGAGUUUCUCUUAAGACCCACCAUCUUCAUAAAAAAGAGAAAAGGGUAAUUUACAUUUUUAUAGUGAUCGUAAAGAACGAUUAUGUCAUGUUUGUUAAUUAUAUGUUUAUAAGUGAAUAAAAUAGUAGUAGUUUCAUUGUUUGGCACAACAGCAGUUGUUUGAACCAUACUUAAUUUUGAAGUUAAACAUUUCAUUUGUUGAAAACACUGACCUAUGACUCUUAAUUGACCUAUGAUUUUUUUGUAAUGCAAAGUAAAUUGUUUUAAGAAAAAGUCCUGAAUGUGUCAGUACACCCGAGCACCAUUUUAGAACCAUCAACUCUUAAGGUUUGUUGUUAAAAAAUAAGCAAACAACCCAAUUCUAAAAAUGCCCCUUUUGAAAAUAGUGUGUGCUGAUUAAGGACUAUUCACUCUGCCAUUUUAAACCUGAGAUACAUGAAGAAAAACGGAAAGAUGUUCUUUUUCUUUGAUUAUGAAGUGCAGUAACAUCUGAAGGAAAUGGGAGAGUUCCUCACUCCUUGUCUUUGCUCAGAUCAGAUUUAGUGCUUAGUCUUAUUCCUGGUCCUCCUGCCUCUUAGCCCAGUGUGCUGCACACCUGUCUCUUCCUCCUGUGUUACAGCCUUCACACCUCUCUCACGUGAGUGCUGUAAUUAUGUCCUCUUCGUUUUGGCUAGAGAAGCUUGAUUUAGACAAGUUAAAAAUGGAAACAAAUGAAACAUGUUAAAAAAAAAAGUGCCCAAUAAUUAGUGAGAGCUUGGUUGGUGUAUGUCUUUCAAACUAAGGUCCCCAGCACCACAAUUCUGAACGCCUUCUAUUUGUUUUCUAGUACUUUCCAUCCUACUUACAUUUUUGGAUUUCUUAUUUUUUUGCAUUUAUGGCUUAAUAAAUGGGGGGUAAUUUUUU